AUGGCGGCGUCAAAGGUGAAGCAGGACAUGCCCCCGCCGGGGGGCUAUGGGCCCAUCGACUACAAACGGAACUUGCCGCGUCGAGGACUGUCGGGCUACAGCAUGCUGGCCAUAGGGAUUGGAACCCUGAUCUACGGGCACUGGAGCAUAAUGAAGUGGAACCGUGAGCGCAGGCGCCUACAAAUCGAGGACUUCGAGGCUCGCAUCGCGCUGUUGCCACUGUUACAGGCAGAAACCGACCGGAGGACCUUGCAGAUGCUUCGGGAGAACCUGGAGGAGGAGGCCAUCAUCAUGAAGGACGUGCCCGACUGGAAGGUGGGGGAGUCUGUGUUCCACACAACCCGCUGGGUGCCCCCCUUGAUCGGGGAGCUGUACGGGCUGCGCACCACAGAGGAGGCUCUCCAUGCAAGCCACGGCUUCAUGUGGUACACGUAG